AAUUUGUUUUUUCUUAUGUUAUUUUCAAUUGUUAAUUCAAUUAAUGCAUAUUUUUGUAGUGUAUUAUGUAAUAUACACAUUUAAAUAUUAAAUACAUAUGAUGCAUAUAAUAUGAGUUGGUUCAAGCGAAAUAAAGGAACUGAAAAAACUGACGAUCUUGAUUUGUCUGCGUGUUUUGAUAGCUUUAACAAACAUUGGCAACAAACCUUUGAAAUUAUUGAUCGAUUUCAAACUUCAAAAGGCGUUAUUAAGUAUGAUGAUAUUGUAGCUGUUAUAAAUCAUUUAAAUCAAUUAAUAAAGCUAUUGUUACUUGAUGUACAAUCAGUCAAAUCAACCAAUCAAUCACGGUGUCUUGAAUACUUUUUGAAAAACCAAUUAUUAGGAAAAUUAUACUCAUGGAGCUUAAAAACAGACAGAUUUAAAAACUAUUUGAAAUUGGAACAAUUAAAAGUUUUUGGAAUUCUUUUGUCAGAACUUCGAGGGCAUCAGUUACUUUCUGAUGAUUCUAUAUUAAAUCCUUUAAUACUAAUAUUAAAUUCAUAUGAUGGUGAUUGCUUAUCUGUGGAUAAUGAAAAACACUUAGUUACAGUUUUAAGACAAUUUUGUGUGGUGCUUUCUCAUCAGCCAAGUAUACUGUGCAAUGUCUUAAAAGAUAACACUACAAAUUCAAAAUGUGUUAUUUUGUCAUUAUUGAUGGCAUUCAUACACCGUGAUGGAUCUAUUGGCGAAGAAGCUCGUGAUGCCUUAUUAAUAUUUGUCUCAUUAUCUCGUCAAAAUGAUACACUAGCUAAUAUUAUUACAUCUAAAUCGAAUGUGAGUCCUGUAUUGGCAACUGGUUUAAGUGGUCUAUAUUCAGUGCUGCCUCGAAAAUUAGAUUUUGAAAAUGAUUGCUACAGACUGAGCCCAGAAAAUAUUGAAGAUGUACCAGAACUAAAUAAUUUCUUAGCUUCAGUAGAACUGUGUAAUGCUGUUGCUAAGAUAUGUCACAAAACUGUAUAUGAUCAACUUUUGGAUUACUUAUACCAUGGGUUCCUUCUACCCGUUGUCGGGCCAGCAUUAAUGCAGGACUUUGAAAAUAAUUGCGGUAUCAAUGCACAUUUAUCGCGGGUGGCAGAAGAGGAAGUAGCUACAGCAACAGUAUAUUUAGAUUUACUUCUUCGUAGUGUCACUCAUCCAGGACUUCUACAGACAUUUGCAAAAUUUGUGCUGUGUGAAAGAUUUGAAAAAAUUAAAAUAAUUGAACUACUCGUCAAUCGAAUUAAUAACAAAUCUUUUAAGGUUUGUAUCGCUACACUUGCAUUGAUGGAAACAAUUUUAGACCUAAAUUGCGAGGAUGUCAUGUUAGAACUAGUAUUCAAGUAUUUAGUGCCUUGCACACACAUAAUGCUUAGCCAACGUUCACGUAUUAAACAAGUAGAUUCAUAUUGUAAAUCAGCUGACAUAUUUUUGUCCUUAAUACCAAAUGUCUUCAAACAUAGGAAUGUUAAUUCUCAAACUUUAUUCUCUGAAUAUCGAGGUUACUUAAAUUGUGCACGAAUCAAGAUAGCUGAAUGUGCUAUAGAAACCAAACAUUGGACCUACUUAUAUGAUGGAGAAAAUCCAUCUCAUGUAAUAGUUGAAACUAAAACAAAUGAAGUGGAGAAUGAUCAAAACAGCAUAUUAUCAGCUGACGAUAGUUCAAGUGGAUAUGAAAGUUUCAAAGCCAUGAAAGACAUUGACAAAAUGCUCGGAACUGAUGAUAGUAGACCUGCUGAUGAAAUGUUGUCAAACAAUUCUUCGCCGUGUGGAAGUGAUUCUCCAACAUGCUUCAUAAGACAGUCAACAUUUAAGACAAAAGAACCAUUUACCCAAUACUCUUGUUUAGGUCCAUUUCUUGAGGCACUAUUUUCAAAUUUAGAAAAUUUUCCCGAACAAGAUUUUCGGAUAAACCUACGUCUGACUGCUGUUCUGACUCGUCUGUCCAUGUACAACAAACCUUUAAUUCAAUCAUUACUACUAAAUCAUUCUAUGAUCUUUCAGCCAUGCAUACGUUCUUUGUUUCAAAUAUUGCGUUCUUUAAAACAGACUAUAGAAACAAAAUUAUGCAAUCGUGUGGAAAAAGUUAUAGAAGCCGAAACAUUUUUAAUUGAACGAGAAAAUAAACUCUGCAACACUCAAUGCAGUCGUUCAGCUGGCGAAAAAAUAACCGAACCAUUUGUUAGAGGUGAAACCAAACGGCGCAGCAUAUCGGUAGCAUUUGGAGCAAUGUUCAGGAGAAAUUCUGGGAACAAGGAAGCCAUAUUAGAGUCCACCAACAACGGUUAUAGGUACUACAGAGAAAACGAAACCGAGUCUUUAGAUUUGCCAAUAAAUGCAAUAAUUCUGGCAGAAUGGCUGAAAGAACUGUCGGCCAUUUGUCAAGAACACGCAAUUAGUUAAAUAGUGUACAUAAAUAUAGGUACAACAUGAACUAUAAUAUUAUUAAUAUUACUCAUAUUAUUAUUAGUGCAUACUGCAUAGUUAUAUUUUUUUACUGUGAAUUUAAAAGUUUUAACCUUUUUGAAGUUUUUAAAUUGUUGACUCAAUUGUUUUGCUCAAGCUUAUCGUUUUAAUUAAUAGAUCUGUGAAUUAUUUUUUACUCAUUUGUAUUGUUAGUUGAAACUUGAAUUAGAUAUAAUGAUUCAAUAAUAUCAUGUGAAAUAAAGGAAAAUAUUCCGUCCAUAUUUAAAAUUUGCUAUUGUGCGUGUAUUAAGAACUUAUGUCACGCAUUUACAUCGCAACAGACUGCUGUACUUAAAAUUGGUAGUACAAAUUUGAUCUUCCGAUUGAAAUAUUUUAUUGUUUAUUUAAAAACUUUUUAUUCCAUGUUUUCAUUAUGUUUUCUUUUUAAUUUUAACAUAAUAUAAUAUUCAAACUUUCUAUGAAGUCCAUAAUAUAAUACAUUCAAAUUUGUAUUUUUAUUUGAGUCCAAAAUUAGUAAUCAUACACUUUGAAACGCACAGAAUAAUAUGUCGUCUUCCUCCGUGGUUAAGAGUAACUCAUAGAUCUUAUAGACAUUUAUAUAAUAUAUUAUAUGUUU